AAAAACGAACCUCAAAGGCAGAAGAAAAUACCCAAAAGGAGAAGACUGCAGCUUGCAGUAAUCUGUAAAUGAUUGCUGGCAAAGACUGGAGGCUUCGAGCUUGAGCUGUGUUUGUUCCAAAAGAAAGCCAAGAAGGACGGUGUUAAUAAAGAGAGAUUUAACUGAGGGCUGUGCUUGGAAUAAAGUGGACUACAAAAAGGUCAAAUUUGAUCAGUUGGAGCAGAUUACAAGGGCUUUAAAAGGUAGUGGUGAAGAAAUGAAACUGGGACUGUGAAGCAAUAUAGCACAAGAUUGAUUUUGGGGGUGGAGAGAAGCUGGGACAAGUGCUUAUCAGCUUGAGAAGGAGGAAGAGCUGUGCUGGGUUUGUUGUCAUUCCCACACUGAGUAGAGUACUUGCUGCUUUUGUGGUUAGCCUUCCCUGCCGUGGUUUUUCUUUUUUCUUUUUCUCAUUUUUAAUAUACAUAUUUUAUUAUUGCUAUUCCUACAAUGGUGUCUAUAAUCUCUGACUUGGAUCCUCUGAAAAGCUGGAAAGUUUUAAGAGAGACUGCCACAGAGCUGUCUGGAACAUUACCAAGUAACGGCACAGCUAACAAGAUGAAUGGAGCUUUGGAUCAUUCAGACCAACCAGACCCAGAUGCCAUUAAGAUGUUUGUUGGACAGAUUCCCCGUUCGUGGUCAGAAAAAGAAUUAAAAGAACUUUUUGAGCCUUAUGGAGCUGUCUACCAGAUUAAUGUUCUCCGAGACAGAAGUCAGAACCCUCCCCAAAGUAAAGGUUGUUGUUUCGUAACAUUUUAUACAAGAAAAGCUGCUCUUGAGGCACAGAAUGCACUGCACAAUAUUAAAACUUUACCUGGGAUGCAUCAUCCUAUUCAGAUGAAACCCGCAGACAGUGAAAAGUCAAAUGCUGUGGAAGACAGAAAAUUGUUCAUAGGAAUGGUUUCGAAGAAGUGUAAUGAGAAUGAUAUCAGGGUGAUGUUUUCUCCGUUUGGCCAGAUAGAAGAAUGCCGAAUCCUUCGGGGACCAGAUGGGCUGAGCCGAGGCUGUGCGUUUGUCACAUUUUCUACAAGGGCAAUGGCACAGAAUGCAAUCAAAGCCAUGCACCAGUCUCAGACCAUGGAGGGCUGCUCUUCGCCAAUCGUGGUGAAGUUUGCUGACACCCAAAAGGACAAGGAGCAGCGGCGUUUGCAGCAGCAGUUGGCUCAGCAGAUGCAACAGCUCAAUACUGCCACUUGGGGAAACCUCACAGGUCUUGGAGGACUCACACCACAAUAUCUAGCUCUCCUGCAGCAAGCAACUUCCUCCAGUAACUUGGGUGCCUUCAGCGGCAUUCAGCAAAUGGCUGGCAUGAACGCUUUACAAUUACAGAAUUUGGCAACUUUAGCAGCCGCAGCAGCCGCCGCCCAGACCUCAGCUACCACCACCAAUGCAAAUCCUCUCUCCACAACGACUGGUGCUCUGGGAGCCCUCACAAGUCCUGUGGCUGCAUCAACUGCUAAUUCCACAGCUGGUGCGGCCAUGAAUUCUUUGACUUCUCUGGGUACUCUCCAAGGACUGGCUGGAGCCACUGUUGGACUGAAUAAUAUUAAUGCACUAGCAGUUGCUCAAAUGCUCUCAGGUAUGGCGGCCCUGAACGGAGGACUCGGCGCAACAGGCCUGACGAACGGCACGGCCGGCACGAUGGACGCGCUCACCCAGGCCUACUCAGGAAUCCAGCAGUACGCGGCCGCCGCGCUGCCCACCCUCUACAGCCAGAGCCUGCUGCAGCAGCAGAGCGCCGCGGGCAGCCAGAAGGAAGGUCCAGAAGGGGCAAACCUCUUUAUUUACCACCUCCCCCAGGAGUUUGGAGACCAGGACAUUCUGCAGAUGUUCAUGCCUUUUGGAAAUGUUAUCUCCGCUAAAGUCUUCAUUGACAAACAGACCAAUUUAAGCAAGUGCUUUGGUUUUGUUAGCUAUGACAAUCCGGUCUCUGCACAAGCUGCUAUCCAGGCUAUGAACGGCUUUCAGAUUGGCAUGAAACGCUUGAAGGUUCAGCUGAAACGCUCCAAAAAUGACAGCAAACCUUACUGAUCUUAACCCCAGAUGCUUACUGCUCUUAUUUUAGCUUUCUUAGGGUAAGUCCCAUGAGCAAACCUGUCCUCUGCAGGGGGGUUAAGAAAGAACAUAGAGCCAACCUUCACCAAGAGACAGUUAUUUUUACAGUUACCACUUCCAUGUCCCCACUUGUCCUUACUACACUUGGCUCCCAUGUCCUUGCCAAGUAAUUACUGAGUUGUGUUACUGUAUUUUGUUUUGCAGCAUAAUUUAUCUCCUUUUUGAAACAAAAAUAAACGUCUUGAAAUUCCAAACAGCACACACACACACACAAAAGAAAAAUGUGCAAUUUAACUCUGUGAACCCUGGUGCCAUUAGCACACAAUAAAAGUUGUUUUCUAUGGAUGGAUCGUAUUUUACCAGGGUGGCACCAGCAGUUUAUAGGUUAAAAAAAAUGGCCUCAUGCCAGUUGAAGCACUUACUUUGUAACAAAAAUUGAAACAAGUCUUUCCACUACAUCAACUUGUUUUUUGAGAAGAUCUGAUUUUUUUUUCGGUUCAAAUCAACGUAUUGUUAUAUAUUAGUCUGAUUUUACACUGGUCGUCUUUAUAUUUCAUUUUUUUUUAAGUUCUUGUUUUUUUGGAAAGGAUUAAUGUAAAAAAGAUUUAGAGAUCUGUUUCUAAAGCUACAGGGUUUAAAAUAAAAAAAAAUAAAAUAAAAUGAGUGACAAUACUUGAUGUUUCUUGAGAGAUAAAUUUAAUAAUAAUAAAAAAAAGAAAGCCACAGGCCUGUAAAUUUUAUUUGUAAAAAGCAUUUCUAUUUUUAUACAAAAUUUUUACUGCCUCAGAAAUAAUGGAAUUUAUUUAUUGCCUAUUGUUAACUUAUUGGAUACCUAAAGAGCAGCUCUCUAUGCUAGCUAGAUCCUUUGAAGUAGUCUCUAGAGUAAUUGUGCCAAGAAUGGGCGCUUUUUCACUGUUGAACCCUCCACCCUUUGCAGUUCAUGCUUUUAUCCUCUUGUUUGUAUUCGUCUGGUUAUUUUGUUCCUAGUUUCCAUUACCUAGUUUAAAGUUCAGUUGUCUGACCCUAUCUCCCCCCCUCUCCCUGUACCUUUCUGUUACAUUUGUAGAAACUGGUUCUUUCCUCUCUUUUCUCCCCAAAGAGGAAUCCAUUUUCUCUGACUCCUUUCAGAUGGAUUCUUUUGGGGUUCCAUUGUGUUCUUGUUGACAAGUAUUGUAAGUUAAUGCAAAUUAUGUGAACGGCUCGUAGGCUCUACUGAUAAAAGAUUUGCAUUAGUUUUCUCCUGCACCCAUAAAAGUGAUUUUGUUUGUGCUGCAUAGAUUCUGUGUAACUUUUUUUCCUCUUCCUUGUUUUUUCCCUAGACAUCUCCAUGCCCGUUAGCCCAUCGUUUGCCUAGCAUGUCCCUGUGGCGUCUCAAAAAAAAAAAAAGUUUCAUCGUCCCGUCAUUGUUUCUGAUGUCUUUCUGACCUCACAUCAUAUUUGGUUCUCCUACUGACCUAGUUUGACCUUUGAAAUUUGCAUGUGACCUCAUCUAGCUAUGAAUUCUGGGAAGUCAAUGUGAAAAAACAUUGCUGCAUUCAUGCAAGACUGAAAUUUAUUAUUAGAUAAAUUAAUGAUAGGAUUUAAAAACAACCUGUGGCAAAAUGUUUUUUCUUUCUUUCCUUUUUUUUUUUUUUUUUUUCAGUUCUGGUUUUUGGUUUCCUUCUUUCCUUGGAGUUUUUGUUUCAUUUUGUUUGGGUUUUUUGUUUUGGGUUUUUGUUUUUCUUGGUUGAUUUUUGGUUUUGGUUUUUUUUUUCAUUUCGUAAAAAAAAAAAUAAAAAAAAAACAGACUUGAAAGUAUUAUACAGGGAUUGGCAUUCUGCCUGGUCACUGGUGACAAUAGCAAUAUGUGUCCAGAGGCACAGAAUGUUGGUUUCUAACAGACUACUUCCAAAACAGUUUGAGAAAUAAAACUGUCUGAUUUUAAGUCUCUAGAGGUCUGUAAUAGUUUUUACAUUUUUCAGGCAGUGUAAAGUUUUUUGAUAAGGCCAUUUUAGGUGGCUCACUUUCUCAUUAAAGUAUAUAUAUAGAACCACUUUUUGUAGAUUAGUAUAAGAAAAUAUUUACCCUGUUUUAGGGCAAAUGCUACCUACUUGUGUCACCUUUUGCUGAACUGACUCACAGUUAGACAAUCCAUGGUUUAAUGCACAUGAAAUUACCUAUAUUUUAUACUGUUUCAAUGUACAGAAGAAAGGUUACUGUAAAAUGUGUUACGUUGGUGCUUCUGUGAAUUAAGUUGUGGUUUCAUCAUGAGUCUUAUGGUCUUAAGUGUUCUAUGUUUAUAAAAAGACAAGUUUAAAAUUGGUUUACUUGAACAAGAACAAAAAGAAGAUUCAAAAAAACAAAAAAAAAACAAAAAAAAAGUUGUUUGCUUAAAAAAGAAUAAUUUCAUGUGAAAAUAAAAAAAUAUUCCAGAAUAAGUUUGUGUUGGCUUGUGACGCAUUGAUGUCAUUUUUUUAUUGUGAACAAUUUAGGUGUGUUUGUGUUCAGCAAAAUGUGAUCAGUUUUUCUUUUAAAGAAAAAAAAAUCAGUGAAACUAUAGUGCCAAAUUCCAAAGGUACUUUCUUCCUAGAGCUUCAGUGUGUUUCUUGUGUGAAGUAAUUUGAUAACAUGGGUAUUUUAUUAUGUGUUUUGUAUAAAUCCCUAAUAUUUAAAGAAAAAAAGAGGUUAAAAAGUUUGUUAACUUGCUAUCCUGUGGUCUUGUUGCCUGAAAUUGUUAUUGUUUGUUAUUUCUCUUUGAUGUUUUUUGUAAAACAUUGUAUAAGUGCCCAUGUUUCACUUUUUUAACCACUCUGCACACAUCAAUGCUGUGAAAGCAAACCUCACUAUGUAUUUUCUUCAUAUUGUAUGGAAACCUCUAAGGUGAGAAAGUUUUGAACUUUUAACCCUUUCCACCCAGAGCUGUCUUGAGUGUUAAUACCUUUUAUACAUUCACCAUUUUGCUGUUUAUUUUUAUAUAUAUAUCUAUAUCUAUAAAUAUAUAUAUACUUAGUUUUUUGUGGUUUAUUUAAUACAUGGUUGAAAUCAGAACAAUGCACAGGGCAGAUCUGAAGGACAAAAAUAUUUUACUGCUGUCUAAAUUUCUUCUGUAUCUAUAACUAAAAAUUAUUUAAAACCGUAAUUAACUUGUGGUUUUCCUUUUUAGAUUUUGGGGAUUUUGUCUUUUCUUAAAGAGCUUUUAAUAUGCUGCUGGAAUAUGCUAUUCAGUAUUAAUAAAAUAAAAGAAAAAUAAAACAAUUCUUUAAUUAUCUAUUGUGUGAGCCACUCCCAGCCAGGAGCGGUCAAUCCACCAUUUGAAAACCUUGAGGAGAAAAAAAAAAAAAGAAAAGAAUAAUAAUAUUUUUGUAAUUUAAAUAAAUGAAUUUUUGCUUAAAUCAGAUGCACUAGAUCUUCCUGGGUGAAAAUUCAGUGUGCACUGCAGUUAAACUACUUUUUAUGGAUAAAGUUUACAUACACUGUAAUGUUUGGUGUUAUUUGCCAUUAUUUGUCACGGCAAUAUAUUGGCUUACUCCUGCAGACACUCAUACAGAGAGGAGUAACUUUACUCGUACCCGUGGUCCAUGGGAAUAUCUGUGUGACUGAUGUGGGUGUUUGCUGGAGGAAGCUCAUUGUAAGGAACCAGAAAACAGAUGCUGGUAGCCCUUUUCACUGCCUUGUAAGUUUGACUGGGUUGCGUUCCUACCGCUCAAACAGUGACCAACAACCAAAUUCGGUUCUUUGCCACCGGUUUAACGAAUUUAUUGCCAAUCCAAUGUGUGUGAGCAGCAGUACCUGCUACAGGUCAUAAAGUGCCAUACCUUCUUCCACCUCCUAAUUCUAUCUGGUUAUUUCUGAAGCCACCUAAAAUUAAAACUAAGCCCUAUAUGAGCAACAUCAGCUGGUGCACUCUUGUCUCUCAUCCCCAACUUAAAUGCUUCUUUAUGUAGAGCCCUGGGAUGGAAAGGACUAGCCUCUAGUGAUGCAAAAAAAGUUUCCUUCUUAUAGCACAUGCACUUAUAAAUAAAUGAUCUAUACUUUUCUCACGUUUUUACUACUGCUGGGGCCUUCCUACACCCUUUGAGGGCUAUUUUGUACUACUUGCAGCAAUUGUGCGUAUUCAAAGUAUCAUCUCACGUACGUUAUAUUAUAUAUAUGUACAUAUAUAUAUAUAAUAUGAGAUCAUCAUUUGGAUUGUUUAGAGACUGUUUCACUAAUUUUGCUCGUUGUACCAACUGUCUAAAUUUCCAAAGCUUUUGUAGAUGCCCUGGUGUGUCCUGUGGGUUUUCCAGUCCAGUUAGAGCAGUGAUGCCUCUGGUCCUUGGGCAGUGUAACUCAGCACCAGGCUGCCCUGAAUUACACAGGACAUUGGCUUAGCAUUGGGAGACAAGGAAUAUUUCUGUACUUCCAGGCAACUGAGAUGAGUCAUUGCUUAGAAAAGUGUCCAUCUCUGGAAAAAAAUAAAAUAAAAUUAAAAAAUAAAAAAUAAAAUUCAAAUACAAAACAAAAAAACCAAAACAUAACCUCCUGGGAGGCAAAUUAUCUACAAGUUCUCUUUCAAAAUAAUGAAAGGAAAAAGCUGCAAGGGUGCAAGGGCCUAAUAAGAGAGGAAGUAAAACAAGGGAAAUUGCUUUACAAAAUUCUAAUCAAAAGACUAGACUAGUUGUUUUAUCAAACAAAUUAGCUAAUUGCAAUGAAAUGGCAGUCCUCAAAGGAGUAACAAGUUCAUCUUUCUUUCACCAUAGGGGUUACAGUUCCUUGGCUUGUGCUACUCUGGAUCAUUUUACUGUUUCUGUUUUUAUUAUCUUAAGUGCUAAUUAACAAAAGGAAAAAAAUAUCCUGUAGUUUCAUUACCUUUUUGGAUAAUGUCAUACAAAAAGAAAAAAAAAAACAAACCUAUGUAUUUGUGUUUUUUUCGUGCUGUGGGAAUUGUUGUUUGUAGAUUAAUAAUACUAUCAUUUUGUUUAGAAUUACAAACUAGUUUUUAAGUAUUGUCUGAGAAAAGCCAAAGUUAAUGCAAUCUAGUGGAAACUGUAAGACCAUUUGAGUAUUGUUUCUGUUUUAUUGAUGCAUUUGGAUUUUGUUGUUUGAUGGAAUUUGAGCCAAAAAAAAAAAAAAAAGAACAAAAAAAAAGGCAAAAAAAAAAAGCAGGCUUUCCUAUUUCUACAACUUGAUUGUACUUAUGCAUUUUGUACCAGUGGAACUUUUUAUACUGGAGAUUAAAAAACAAAUGGAAAUUUUUGUGGCUUACUCUCGUGGGCCCCCUCGAUCAUGACUGAUUUUCAAGUUUGAUUUCUGGACGGUAGAAAGAGAGUUGGUUUUGUUUCAAGAAUUCAAAACUUUGGCUUGAUUUCUUUUUUUCCCUUUGCUUAUAUCUAGUGUUUAGAAUUUUGUCUUAACAAAAGCGGUAAGUUUCACUUUUUAUUCUGUAUCGUGCAGUUACACAAUAAGGUAAUUAGAAUUAGGAGUACUCGGUCACUUUGCGUGGAUAAAUGUAUUAGUUAAAACGUUAGGGGUUUGCUUUUUUGCUGUUUAGAUCAGAGUUUUUUCUGAUUCUUCUGUCCUCAUUGUGAACAUAACCGUGUAGUUGAAACAGUCAGACUUAUUUUUGUAACGUAUGUUAUUGUGUGAUGCAGUUUUUUGCUUCUGUCUCCAAUAUUAAACCAUUUUCCUAAUACUUGUCUCUCUACUUUGUGUGUUGUAUUGUUGGUGGUCAUUCUGUGUUGGUAAUACAUCUGCACACCUCACUGUUUCACGUGCCUGUUUUUUUUUUUUCUCUAUUUGUUGGUUGUGUACAAAAGAUACAGUCGAUUCCACCUAAGUGAAUAGCUGAUUGGGGGGCAAAAGAGGAUUUGUACAUUUUAGACAUGUUCUGGUUUCUUUGAUUUUUUUUUUUCCUUCUCUUCCUCCCCCAAGUCAUGCCUUAUCACUUGGAUAUUCUCUUGGAGCAGGAAGCAUUUUAAAUGAGUUUCCUGCAAAGUCCUAUUGAAGGUAGCUUUUGUUAGCCUUCGAACUGCAAAACCUUCUGCACACAGACACACAGAAGACACCUGAAAAGAUUCUAUUUUUUCUUUUUGCUGUGGCAUUUCAGUCAGUCUGGAAAAUGUGGAUUAUGGAGAUCAUUUCUUCCUAGUUGUUAAAAAAAAUAAUAAUAAUACUCUGCCCCUAUGUUGCAGAAGCAUAUGAAACAUUCAAGAAAAGGAGGAUAUAGCCUUGGGAUUUUUUCUAAACUGCACAGUAAUCUGUUGGCAUAUGGUGUUAGUCAAACUCUCCCUAGAAACUAAUCAUGUCUUAACUAGGGCUGGGAGAGCCUGCAAAAUCUUACCAGGUGAUCAAGCUUGUUAUGAGCAGUUGUACAUAUAAUACUUAAAAAAAUAUAACAAAAUCCAAGUGACCACAGAAAGACUUUAUACUAAAGCCAAUGGAAGUAAAAAAAAAACCCAAAAAAAACCAAAAACAAAAAAAAAAACAACAAAACAAACCAAAAAAAAUAAACCAAAAAAACCCCAAACAAAAUAAAAAGAAGGAGAAAGAAAUGAUGGAAAAUUCCCAUUCCAAUGGGUGAUAUUUUGCUGUGGGCUUACAAAGCAGAUCAUUCUCAGCAUUGGCUGAUAGUAUUACACAAAUCUCAAAAGAGACUAAAGAAAUAUCAUAGCACUUUUUUUCUCAUUAUUUUUUACACUUGGCUCUUACCUUUUUUAUUCUUUCCUAUAAUUUUUUUCUCCUCACGAGAAUCUCUCUGCUCUCCCCCAACCGGUGUCUACCAUGAUGAAAUAAAAGCUGCAAAAGAAAAAUUUAUGUUGUUCUGGUUUACAGAAAGUCUCUUCUCUCCUCUGAUCACAGAUACAAACCUUACAAUUUGGAGAGGGGGGAAAAAAAACAAAACAAAACGAACCAAAUCAAACCCAAGGAGGGGAGAGAAGCACUGGCAAGUGCUCUCUGGAAUUCAAGCCAUACGCCCCCAUCCCUUUCCUUUGUCCCACUUUCUGUGAUGCUCAGGAAUCGAAGACCACUUAAAAGUGCUCUUAUGAGACCCAAACGACACUCCUCCCUCUUGUCUCCUCUCCCCUGGUCUUUCUGGCGCUCUGGCUUUGGCUCACACACACAGCCCCAUCAAUACCGUCCGACAAGGUCCUGGCGCACUGGGUGUAUCCGUGUGGUGUCAGCAGCAACGUUGGUUCCUGCAUUUGGAAGACUUUUGACAUUUUCUGGUGGCUUGUGAGUUGGCCUGGUUGUUACUGCUCGAUCUAUUUUUUCUAAAUUUUUUUUUUUUCUUUUUUUCACUUUUCUGUUUCCAUGAGAAGCAAACAAGUGAAGAGUCUGGAGCUCCCAAAAAGCUCCAGUGCUGUCCCGCAGGGUCUGUUAUCAGAGGUCAGGGGUCCAAGCAGCUCUAGGUUUAACCUAAAACCACAGGAGCCUGCAGCAGACAGCCCAGGCAGGAAAGCAGAACCCGAUGGUCAGACUAUAUCCUGGGUCAUUGACACCUCUGGAGUUUAUGAUCUUGAUUUGGAUAAUUUUGACACCAGUGGAUUCAGUUAAGUAAGUUUUGACUUGCAUGAUGGAUAAAUCAGAACUGCUAUCUGGGUUUUUUUUAGCUUGCUGUGGAUGUUUUCUUUUCUUUUCUCUUUUUUUUCCUCCAAACUUGGUCUUAGGAAAGAAACUAGAGCUUUGUGAAGGGUCUUUUCUUCCAAAAAUACAACUGAAAAAAAAAGACUUAUACCGCAGUUAGGUUUCUUUUAAAUACUCAGGGCUGAAAGAUACAGGGUUUUCUUUCUUUUCUUUUUUUUUUGAUUUUUUAUUUCAACAAUGGAGGAAAAAUGAGUUCCUUGAAGCAAUGCAGCUGAACAGUUUGUCCUGCUUAAACACAUGCUUUUAAUUUCAAUUAUGUAAGGCACCUUGCAGUGUUAGCAAAAUGUCUCAUUGUUAGCUAUAUGUGUAUCGCCAUGGGAAAUUACCAAACUGUCACAAGACUCACUGAUUAAAGAAUAGCCUGCCAGAGUGUGUGUGCCUUUGCCCAGUGUGACUCUUAGGUAUUAGGCUAAAGAAAACAGUUUAACAAAAUGUAGUGUGAAUCAUUCCUGAUAAGUGAAUAAAGCAUUGUGACCAAGCAAUCAGAUUAUUCACUUAUCAGGAAUCGACUGUACUGAUAGUUUGCCUGAUCGUUUUUGUUCCUCAUCUCUGUUGUAGUUUCACUACUUUGCUGUGUUCUGUUUUUUCUCUCAUGCUCUUAGCAAAAUCACUGGGAAUAUCCCUUCGUGUGAUCAUGAAACGUGCUACUGAGUAACAAAUAAAAAAAAAAUUAAAUAUAAAAAUGAUAUCUUAACAAAAUCUAUGCACUUGCUAUCAGGAACACAAUACUGGAUGUGUCUUAUAUAUAUUGAACUAUAAUAGUAUUCGAUUUCUUAAAUAAAGCUUAAGAAAGGAUUCUGUUGUCUGUAAAAUUUUAUGAGCAUUAAAUGGAAAAAAAAAUGUUUCUAGGGUUGGGCGCUUUUUGUUAUAUGAAAUCUUCAUGGGUAUAUGGUCUUUAACCAUGCCCAGGCAAAUGUUAACUAAUUUGCUUGAUAUUUCAUUAAUAAUGGAGACUUUGAAAAUUAGGUUUACUGAAAUCUGUGGGGAGAAAAAGUCUUGCCAUUCAGUGACUUGCAGCACAAGAUUAUAGGAUGCAGAAAUUUUGAUCUCUUUCUGUAUUUGCAGAAGGAAAUGUGCUUGGUUUUGCACUAAAAAAAAAAAAAAAAAAAAAA